AUGGAAGCGGAGCGAGAGAACAUGGAAGCGGAGCGAGAGAACAUGGGAGCGGAGCGAGAGAACAUGGGAGCGGAGCGAGAGAACAUGGGAGCGGAGCAAGAGAACAUGGGAGCGGAGCGAGAGAGUCUCAGACGAGAGCGCCUGGGAGUGCAGCGAGAGCGCCUGGGAGUGCAGGGAGAGCACCUGGGAGUGCAGCGAGAGCGCCUGGGAGUGCAGCGAGAGCGCCUGGGAGUGCAGGGAGAGCGCCUGGGAGUGCAGCGAGAGCGCCUGGGAGUGCAGCGAGAGCGCCUGGGAGUGCAGCGAGAGCGCCUGGGAGUGCAGCGAGAGCGCCUGGGAGUGCAGCGAGAGCGCCUGGGAGUGCAGCGAGAGCGCCUGGGAGUGCAGCGAGAGCGCCUGGGAGUGCAGCGAGAGCGCCUGGGAGUGCAGCGUGAGCGCCUGAGAGUGCAGCGAGAGUGCCUAGGAGUGCAGCGAGAGCGCCUGGGAGUGCAGCGAGAGCGCCUGGGAGUGCAGCGAGAGCGCCUGGGAGUGCAGCGAGAGCGCCUGGGAGUGCAGCGAGAGCGCCUGGGAGUGCAGCGAGAGCGCCUGGGAGUGUAG